AUUGUUUGUCAUGUUCAAAUAGCAAAAAGAGCAUUUGCAUGCGGCACGAUGUUGAUUUGUAUCAUGUGUUCAACUUUAUCUUUGCAAAAUCACAAGAGAGCAAGGGCUUUGUCACGCUUUAUAAACUUCAUCAACUCAGUCAAUUUGUCAGAGGUUAUCACCAAUGAAGUAUUGGUUCCUCUUUUCUUGAACAUGGUAUUUGAAUUACAAAAUGGGAAGGAUGAAAAUGUUAUGAGUGCGUGUUUAGAGGCUCUUGAAUCUAUAUCUGGUAACAUGGAAAGGAAGUCUUACUAUGCAUUUCUUAUGAGAUGCUUUUGAGAGAUGACUCUGAAAUCAGUCGAGCAGGUCUUAAUGCGGCUAAUAUACUCUGUUCUGGACCACUUCCAUUUUGUGGAUGCCCAUUCUGGUGAAGAAGCCAAUGAUUGUGUAAUGGAGGCAUCCAAGGCUGGUACCAAGGGACUGACUUCUACAACUAUCUUGAGCAGAUGUUCUAGUUCAGGUGAAGUUUGUGAGAUACAAGAAUGUCUCCAGAAAAACGUGCUCCCGAAGAUACAAAAAUUGUUGACGUGUGAUUAUGAUAAUGUCAAUGUCCACAUCAGUCUUGUAGCACUUAAACUACUAAAGUUGCUUCCUGGUGAUGUCAUGGAGUUAUAGCUUCCAAGUAUCAUCCAUCAGUUAUCAACUUCCUCAAGAAUCGUUUGGAAAGUAUUUGUGACAAAGCUAGGGCUGUUUUGGUUGCUUGUUUGAAGGAGCUAGGGUUUGAGUACUUGCAGUUCAUUGUCAAAGUCUUGAGUGCCACCUUGAAGCGAGGAUAUGAGUUGCAUGUAUUGGGGUAUACUCUAGAUUUCAUUUUGUCGAAGUUUUUUGUGAAUCCCAUUGGAGGGAAGUUGGACUAUUGGCUGGAAGAGCUUCUUUCCGUGGUGGAGACUGACAUUCUUGGUGAUGUUUUAGAAGAAAAAGAGGUGGAAAAGAUUGCUUUGAAAAUGAAAGAGACUAGAAAGCUCAAGUCUUUUGAAACCCUCAUAUUAUAUGCCCAAAAUACCACGUUCAAAACAUAUGUGGCGAAGCUGCUUUUACAUGUUACCACUCAUCUGCAGAAGCAUUUGACCGUGAAAGUGAAAUCCAAAUUGGAAUCUAUGUUAAACAACAUAGCUGCUGGUAUUGAGUGCAAUCCAUCAGUAGAUCAUUCUGACCUCUUUGUCUUUUUGUAUACCCUCAUUGAAGAUGGCGUUGCUUAUGAAACUGGCAGAAAUAAAAGUUUCUCUGUUCUAAAUACAAGUAUGCAAUCUGGAAAUGAGGCCAUCAACAAAAUAAUUACAUCGGGCAGGUUAGUUGACUCCUCACAAUCCUCGCAUCUUGUAAGAGUAUUUGCUCUUGGAUUGCUGCACAAUCGCAUGAAGAAUCCAAAACUUCACAAAAAGGAUGAACAACAAUUGGAAAUGUGGGAUCCUUUUGUUAGAUUGCUCACCGAGUGCUUGACCUCCAAGUAUGAUGAUAUCAUAUCUGACGCGCUCAGGAGCCUUGCUCCACUUGUGGGGCUCCUUUUACCAGCCCUUAAAUCUCAAGCUAACAAGAUAAGGACCUUUCUAUUGGUCAUAGCUCAUGGCUCAAUUAAAUGUAGCCCUAUGAUGCAAUCAUGUCUAAGGUUGCUAGCAGUGCUUUUGCAUAACACUCAAAUUACUCUUUCCGAAGAUCAAUGGCAUGUGUUUAUCCAAUGUCCUCUAUUUAUUGAUCUUGAAAGUAAUCCCCCAUCUGUUGCUCUUUCACUUUUAAAGGCGUAAUGCUCGAGCUCGUAUUCCAUGAGAUA